CCUGUGGAAAAUGCCUCGGGUCAUUGUCCGCUGUUUGCCAGGCGCUGUUGCGCUGCCUGCUAACUCUGCACAGCCAUCAUUGACCAGCUGGCCGGCUGCCCUCAUGGCAAAAGAAGAGUGUUUCACUCCAGUUCGCUUGGCUGCGAUAGAUGUCGUUGCUGCCUCCCUGUAAAGUCAGACAUUUCUUGGAGAGCUCAUACUCUCUACACAGGCAUCCUCUUCAUGACAGCCGCCACAGUCCUUUGCGAGAUUCAGAUCGUCGUCACCGAGCCUAACCCCCUACCGCAGAAGAAUCGCUCGCGUCGUCAUGCCAGCUCCGGUUCACUCACGGAAAAAUGCCUCGGGCUCCUCACAGAUCAAGGUCAACGGCGAACAGCGCAUUCGCAAACCGGCCUUGAAGCCUGACAAGUGGGGCGAGGUUAAGAGCAUCGUAAAAGAGUUGUAUAUCGAUCAGGGGAAGACAUUGGAGGAGGUGCGUGAUAUUAUGUUGCAAGAACAUAGUUUCGAGGCGAGCACAUCAAUGUUUAAACACAGGGUCGGUAUCUGGGGCUAUUCUAAGAAUCUGAGCAAGAGUCACCUCGAGGAGGCCGCAAGAGAGGCCAGACGCUGCUCUCACCAAGGACUAGAUCCCCCGGUGGACAUGACCAUCAAUGGUCAGCUUGUACCUUGGAACCGCGUCCGGCGCCAUUUUGCAAAAGACCAACGAUAUACAUGUCCGUGGCUGCGAAAUGAGCCUCAGUCGAAAGCUAGCAUUGCCCGAAUCAUGCUCAGACCAUCCCAAGUCGAUCGUGACACUGAGCUUCUUCUUCAGAAUGUGGGUGCUUAUUGGUCCUGCACCAUCAUGAAGCCAGGCAAUCGUGCGUUACUCAAAGCCAAACGCGCGGCUGAGGGGGUGGAGGCUGAUCCGAACGACAUACUCUGUGGAAUUCUUGGUGGAAUGAAUCUAAUCCGCUGUGGCUGGGGGCAAGAAGGGAGGUUCGAGAUCAACUCUGCGUGCGCAGCCAUCAAAAAGGUGUUGUCGCUUGAAGAACCCGACCUUUUGAUCGCGAUGAUUGUCCUUUUCUCGACCAGGACGGGAAGUCUUGAGAACCACGACCCCCUUUUCGAGCAAAUUGGCCACUACUUCGCAUCCAUGGCCCGAGAGGUUCUCAAACCGCGUCAUCCCAUGAUCACGAUCUUGACCAUGCUAGCGAAGCUGGAGUUGACCCGAGACUUCAAACAGGACACACUGACAGAACUCAUGUUUCAAUCCAUGGUUGAUAUUGUCGAGAAAGGAAAAACCAAGGUCGAGAUUGACCGUUGGUACUUGCAUGUCCUGGAAAUUCGUUACAUCGACCACAUACAAAGACGUCUGAGUCGGGCAGAGGCCAGGAAACUCUCAGAAGCGAAGAUGCUCGAUCUCAGUCAAUCCCCUGUCGAGAGGAAUGUGGGAAAGCUGCUACUGAUGAGCAACCUGGCUAGAUCGUACGAUGCAGAAGCCAGGGAGUAUGGGGAGAUGAGUAAGGCGACUGCAUGUGUGAGCGAAGCAGAGAGAGCGCGACUAAGGCGCCAACAGGAAUGGUGUGAGACUCGAGCGGAGAAAACACGCCUUGAAAUCGUGGAAUUAGGGUGGAAAUUCCCCGGAGAUCAUGGACGAAAGGGUUGUUGCAUCCAUGCUGCCGAGAAGCUGGCCCAGCUUUACUUCAACAAGCAUGACUUUGCAAAGGCAGAGAAGUAUUAUGCGUUCGCACUGAAGUGGGCGUUGCAGAAAUUUGGCAAAGAUCAUGUCUGGGUUCAGCUACUUCUGAGGCAGUGCCGUGCUCUUCGGAGGAUGAAAGAGGACGGAAUGUUUGAGCCAGUAGUGAUUGAGAUGGACGAUGUGGAUCGAGCGAUAUUAGCCGAGGCUUUGGAAGAGCCUGGUGAGCAGCAGCAUAUUGCGUAUGAGGCUGAGUGGGAUUAUGGACCUGAGCCACAGUGGAACCGUCGGGGUCGUUGGGAGAUGCGACCAAGACGGCCCUCCGUCUAUUCCCUAGACGAGGUAUCGGACACUGUGGACGAUCGAUUCCCAGCAGCAAGCUGCGAAGAAGCUAUCGGCUUGCAGUUGGGAAUGGAAGAAGUUGACGACACCCGGCUUGAUGGCGCAGACUGUUUAGAGGACGCUAGUAGGCAGAUGGCGUGCCACAUCAGAACUCCCUGUCAGCGUGAUCAAGAGCAGACAUGGCUUUCGGAUGACUUGGACAUGGACGGACUGCCGCAGGCAUAUGAUGACAUGGACGCGGACGAUAUAACCUGCCCUCAUGACUUGGAAUGGAGUGAGGCAGUCUAGUGUCAGGCAAGGCUGCGUUCUCCUUUCCAGUCAUCUCCAAUCAAGCCAAAUUUCUCUCAAAGGGCGCAGAAAUGCAUACGACGAGGACGCGAU